CGCUGCGGCGGCCCGCGCGCUCCGUCCAGCUCGGAGCUGCCCCGCGCCCCAGCCGCCCGGCCGGCCGGCCGCUCCGGCCCGCGGCGCAGAUGGCUGUGCGCGGCGCCAACACCUUGACGCCCUUCUCCAUCCAGGCAAUCCUCAACAAGAAAGAGGAGCGCGGCGGGCUGCCCGCGCCAGAGGGGCGCCCGGUGCCCGGGGGCACCGCGGUGCCAGUGGCUGAGGCUCCCGCUGUCUGCUGCUGGCGACUCUUCGGGGAGACAGACGCGGGCGCUCUGGGGGGCGCGGAGGACUCUCUGCUGGCGUCGCCGGCGGGGACCAGAACGGCUGCAGGGCGGACCGCGGAGAGCCUGGUUGCUUGGGACUCGGACUCGGCGCUGAGCGAGGAGAACGAGGGCGGGCGGCGCUGUGCGGACGCGCCGGGGGCCAGCGGGGCCGGCCGCGCAGGGGGGACGCUGGGCCUCGGCCAGCCGGUCUGCGAGCUGCCCGCCGCCAAGGACCUGGAGGAGGAAGCCGCAGGCCGGAGCGACAGCGAGAUGUCGGCCAGCGUCUCAGGCGACCGCAGCCCGAGGGCCGAGGACGACGCUGUGGGCCCCGGAAGCGCACGCGUCCCGGCGCUGUGCGGCCGAGGCGGCGGCGGCGGUGGCGGCGGACCGGCGGGCGGCGCGGAGGAGGAGGAGGAGCCCGCGGCGCCCAAGCCGCGCAAGAAACGCUCGCGGGCCGCCUUCUCCCACGCGCAGGUCUUCGAGCUGGAGCGCCGCUUCAACCACCAGCGCUACCUGUCCGGGCCGGAGCGCGCCGACCUGGCCGCGUCGCUGAAGCUCACCGAGACGCAAGUGAAGAUCUGGUUCCAGAACCGUCGCUACAAGACCAAGCGCCGGCAGAUGGCCGCCGACCUGCUGGCGUCAGCGCCCGCCGCCAAGAAGGUGGCGGUGAAAGUGCUCGUACGCGACGACCAGAGACAGUACUUGCCCGGCGAGGUGCUGCGGCCACCCUCGCUGCUGCCGCUGCAGCCCUCCUACUAUUACCCUUACUACUGCCUCCCCGGCUGGGCACUCUCCACGUGUGCAGCCGCCGCGGGCACCCAGUGAGCCGGCCUGGGGCGAGGCAGCAAAUGAUCCCUGCGCCCCAGUUCCGGACGGCCGCGGACGGCUGUGCAGGUUGUGCUCUGCACAGGGGCGCUCCGCG